GGUCAGCUGCAGGAAGCGAAACUAGUCCCAGCUGUAGAAAGAGCCAGAGAGUGAAGGAAAAAAACACUCUCAUUUCUCUCUUUAUCUGGAGCUUGAAGCAGCCAUGGCAGCUGCAGAAUAUUCCUUGCAGGACCUCUGUGAGGAAGCAACUUGUUCCAUCUGCUUGGACUUUUUCACCGAGCCUGUCACCAUUGACUGUGGGCACAACUUCUGCCAGGCUUGCCUGAAGAACUACUGGGUGGCAACAGAGGCCUCCUGCCCACAGUGCAGAGAGAAAGUCCAGUAUACCCAGCUCAGGCCAAACAGGCAACUGGCCAAUGUGGUCGCAAUUGCCAAGAAACUGAGAAACGAGGGAGAGAAGAGGGCCAAAAGGAACGAGGGAGCCUGCGAGAAACACCAGGAGCCCCUCAAGCUCUUCUGUAAGGAGGACCAAACCCUCAUCUGCGUGGUGUGCGACCGGUCCAAGGAGCACCGAAAUCACGAGGCGGUCCCUGCAGAGGAGGCUGCCCAGGAGUAUCGAGAUCAAAUCUGCAGCUACCUGGAGAUUCUGAAGAAGGAAAGAGAACACAUUCUAGCAUCUAAAGCAGAGGCAGAGAAGGAAAGCCAAGGCCUGCUGAAGGAAACAAAAACAGAGAAAGAAAACAUAAUGGCUGAGUUCAGAAAAUUACACCAGUUUUUAGAAGCCCAAGAAAAACUGCUGCUGGCACAAACAGAAGAGUUGGAGAAGGAGAUUGCAAAGAAGAGGAAUGAGCACUUGGCUAGGAUAUCCAAGGAACUUUCCUCUGUUGAAAGUCUCAUCCAGGAGGUUGAGAGGAAGUGUCAGCAACCAACUAGUGAACUCUUGCAGGAUGUUAAGAGGACCUUGGAGAAAUGCGUUCUUACCCAGAUGUCCUCUGCAAAAAGCAAAUGUCACUCUGGAUCCAGAUACAGCUUACUCCCGAUUCAUCCUGUCUCAGGACUGGAAAAGUGUGACCUGGGGUGACAAGUGUCAAGACCUGCCUGACAGACCACAGCGAUUUGACACCUGUGCCUUUUUGCUGGGAUGUCAGGAAUUUACGUCUGGCAGACAUUUCUGGGAAGUCAGUGUGGUGGAUGAAGGAGCAUGGAACGUGGGGAUUGCCAAAAA